AAAAAAAAAAAAAACAAAACAAUUGCGAAAUUAUCACAGCGAUCUUCAUUCUACAUCAAUUCAAAACAAAUUAUUAACGCAGAACGGUGUGAAAUCAUUAUUCAGUUCAUUGAUCGACUUUCGAUCGACUUUAUAAAUAUAAUUUUGUAAUAUACAUUGUUUUGCAUCUGUGAAAGUCGUGUUAUAACCUCCAUAUAAAUUCGUAACCUAAUCAUAUGAUAAUACUUAUUAUUUCUUAUAAAUACUGAUAGCAUUUGAAAUCGUACAACUGUUAUAAAAUGCGAUAUGCACAGCUGGUCGUGGGACCGGCAGGAAGUGGCAAGUCCACAUACUGUUCAACAAUAGUGAAGCAUGCUGCUGUCUGCAAAAGGAUUGUGGAAGUCGUGAACUUGGACCCGGCAGCAGAACACUUUGACUAUGAGCCCCUAGUGGACAUCAGAGAGCUCAUUCAUCUCGACGAUGCCAUGGAGGAUGAGGAGCUGCAGUUUGGACCUAAUGGGGGACUGGUGUUUUGUAUUGAAACUCUCUUAGAAAACUGUGAUUGGCUGGAAGAACAGCUCGGAGAUGUGGACGAUGACUACAUUCUGUUUGACUGUCCCGGCCAGAUAGAACUGUAUACCCACCUGCCUGUGAUAAGGAAGCUGGUAGACACACUGCAAAGGUGGAACUUCAGGAUAUGUGUAGUGUUCCUAAUUGAUUCACAGUUUAUGGUCGAUGGUGCUAAAUUUUUGUCAGGCACAAUGGCAGCCCUCAGUGUGAUGGUGAAUUUAGAAUUGCCACAUAUAAAUAUUUUAACAAAGAUGGACCUACUCAGUAAAUCGGCCAGAAAUCAACUUGACAAUUACUUAGAUCCGGACCCACAUAUCCUUCUAGCAGAUAUGAGAAACGCAGACUCCAAAUGGCACGAGAAAUAUGCAAAGCUAACAGAGGCGAUAGGUGAAGUCAUAGACAACUUCAGCCUAGUGCGUUUCUACCCGUUUAACAUAAAAGACGAGGAGAGCAUAGAGAAUAUACUCUUGACCAUAGACAAUAUAAUACAAUAUGGCGAAGACGCCGAUGUGAAGGUCAGGGACUUCGAAGAGGAAAUUCCAAACGACGAUGAUUAGUCUUAUUUUAUAAUAAAUAUUGUUAUUUUUUA